UCUCGAUUUGUCUUACAUCAGAUAGUAAAGCAAGUAUUUCUAGGGAGCCCCACUUCCUGAUAUAAACUUUAAAAAAAUAUCCUGCUACCUUUGAAAAAAAUGCCCCCGCAACUUCGAAAUGAAAUAACCUAAGGAACCGUCGUGGGGUGAUAUUUCUUGUUUGCACGUGCCCUUUGUGGUAACAACAACAACAAAUGACGCUGUCAAAACCCAUUAAUUCUUUAUGAUCCAGUCUACGCACUGGCAGGAACUGAAUCGGCAACUUCGGCCACAGAAUGCCGAACACUCUGAUUUCCCUGCUUUUUCUACUGCUCUGCGGACAAUUCCGCGAAGGGACAGGCGUCCUGGUGUGCUACUCAUGCGCUGAAGAGUUCAAGUUUUUUUACUACAACACCAUGUGUCAGAGUGAGGUGACCAGAGACAACGCCACCCUGUCAGACUGUGGGUCCAGCUCGCGAUACUGCAUGAUUGAACAGACCAGAGUGAAUGGUGUCACGCUGGCGUUCUCUCGUGGUUGUUCAGAGACGUGUUACUGGGGGUGCAGAUCGUCUGGCCUCGGCAUGACCACAGAGGAGUGUACCUGGUGUUGUAGUGGGAAUGGCUGUAACUACUAUAGCGGGGCUCCUGAACUGCACCACAGACAGCAGGCUGCACUCCACAUACUGAUGACUUCAGUGGCAGUUUUAGUCCAAUGGUUUUAUUAAAAUAAGUCCACUCU